UCCGCCCCCGGCCCGGCCCGGCCCGGCCCGGCCCCGGGCCCGCUCGCCCGCCGCCCCGCAUGGAGCUGUCAGCCAUCGGCGAGCAGGUGUUCGCCGUGGAAAGCAUCCGCAAGAAGCGCGUGCGCAAGGGUAAAGUCGAGUACCUGGUGAAGUGGAAAGGAUGGCCCCCAAAAUACAGCACAUGGGAGCCGGAAGAACACAUCCUCGACCCCCGCUUGGUGUUGGCCUACGAGGAAAAGGAAGAGAAAGACCGAGCGUCAGGGUGUCGGAAGAGAGGCCCCAAGCCCAAGCGGAUUCUGCUGCAGGCGCGCAAGUACCCGCCGCGGCCCCGCAAGACCUUCCCACGGCGUGGGCCCGACGUGGACAGUCACAGCCAUCCACGGCAGCUCUUCCUGCAGGAGCCGCCGGCGCCGGACGUGCUGCGGGAGGCCAGCGACUGGGACACGGCAGACCAGCCAACGGCUGAAGCGGCCGCUGGUACCCACCCGACCGACGUGCCACCGCCGCCCUGGACCCCCGCGCUGCCCCCGAGCGAGGUGACCGUCACCGACAUCACCGCCAACUCCAUCACCGUUACCUUCCGUGAGGCCCAGGCCGCUGAGGGCUUCUUCCGAGACCGUGGGGGCAGUGGGAAAUGCUGAACCCCGUUUCCCCUCUUUUUUUCCCCCUCUUUUUAAAUUCCUCCUAAACUCUUUGCUUUGGGGGCUGGGCUGGGGGGGGAUUGACUUCUGGAGUCGGGAGGGCACGGGAGGCGGGUUCAUCCUUGUAUUUAAGACUCGGGGGGCAAGCAGAGGGGGAGCCCCCAGCCCCCGGUCUCCCCCACCUACCUGUUCCUCCAUGAGUGACGUUUACAGAGAGAGAGGCCCCUGUUCGGCUCUGGCUGGGGCAUAUCUCUGGGCAGGGCCGAGUCAGUCAGGGUCAUCAUGGCUGGUCCUUGGAGCACAGAGCAGCCCCUUGGCCUCCAAAGAGAUGCCC